CAAUCAUAUCCCUUGAACCCUCAAACGGCGUCCUGCUUUCUCAGCGGCGACACUGUGGCAACCAUAUGAGUGCCGCAUGUGUCUCUUUUCCUGUUUUUCAUUUAAUUUAUUUCCUAAUUUUCUUUUCCUCUUCCUUUUCUAAAGCUUCCAUUCAAUUCAAUCAUGGCGAUGAUCCAGAAAACGCCAUAGCUUUCUUCCUCGUCUUGUUUUUUUCCCUCAUCCUUCUCCUCUGCCCCUUCAAAUCGACGUCUUAUUCAACUUUCUUCAAUAUCCCCUUUUCCACGCCUAACCCAUCGCGAAUUUCCCUCGUUUCUUACCUGGGUUUUUCCCUGUUCUGCAAAAUUCUGUACUUACCAAUCUUGCUCCUCUGUUUUAUUCACGUUUCUUGCUCCUCUGUUUCUGUAAUUUCUGUUUGGAAAGAUUGCUGUUCUGUUUCAAUUAUUGUGGACGGUGUUUGUUUCCCGAUUCUCAUAGUUUGUUACUGUUCUUGAUUCCUUACUUGCCAAGUUAGAGGAAGAGCUUAGGAUAUCCGAUUUUCUGGUGAUUGAAAUCCAUGACGUUCCACGAGAUUCAUUCAUGGACCUUCUGUGGACUAGUCAGAGCUUUUCUUGACCUAGCUGUUGUUUAUUUUCUUUUGUGCGUGUCAGCGACUGUGUUUAUCCCAUCUAAGAUUUUGGAAGUUGUUGGGUUUUGCUUGCCUUGUCCUUGUACUGGAUUUUAUGGGAAUCAGAACCCUAAUUUGUGUUUGCAUAGACUCCUUUUUAGUUGGCCCAAGAGGAAGAUCUAUUUGGUGCUCGAUUCAGUCAAGCAUAGGUUUCCUUUUGAUUUGAUUUUGGUCGAUGAUCAAAUGGGUAAGAAUAGGAAUUUGUUAAGGGAGAAUCAUCAUACGGAUGGAGUUCCUCUGCUGCAAUCUGCGGCAUGUUGUAGUAAGGGUAAUAGGAUUAUGUUCCAGAGGCCAAGGCGGAGGAGAGCUUCUGUUGAAUAUGGGAAAUUGUUCAGAAAGGAAUGGGAAUUUCUGGCUUUGGAUCAAAAACAAGACCUCAUUCCAGAUGAUGUUAAUGAAUCAUAUCAUAUGGACUUGGGUCGAAGAACCUGGCAAGGGUUUGAUUCAAGUGGUUCGGUUGGCGAAAAUAGUUAUCUAAAUAAAGGUUCUUCCACUAUUGGACAUGGUACCAAUAAUGAUCAAGAGAGAGACAUUAUUGGAAAUGAAGUCUCUAUUAGAUUGUUGGAGCAGGCCCUUGAAGAAGAGAAAGCUGCCCGGGCGUCUCUCUUUCUGGAACUGGAAGAGGAGAGAGCUGCUGCUGCUACAGCUGCCGAUGAAGCAAUAGCGAUGAUAACACGUUUGCAAAAUGAGAAGGCAUCGGUUGAAAUGGAAGCAAGACAAUAUCAGAGGGUAAUAGAAGAAAAAUUUGCUUAUGAUGAAGAAGAGAUGAAUAUCCUUCGAGAGAUUCUUGUUCAGAGGGAAAUAGAUUAUCAUGUUCUAGAGAAGGAAAUUGAAGCAUAUAGACAGAUGGAUUUUUCAGAAAAGGAAGAGUUAAAAAGAAACUGGGAUUUCAUAUUAGACGAACAUAAAGAACAGUCUUCCACAGCUCGUUACUCAAAUGGAGAUCCACCCGUAGUUCAUCAAAUUGAAAACGCUCUCUCUCUUUCAAGUAAAGCAAAGUCGAACGAAUCUAACAGUUGUAACUCUCAAUGCCAUUUUAAUGAAGAAGGGUUGCUUAAGCAAACGAUCUGGACGGAUAAAGACAAUGAACUGAUGGAUAAUAGCUUAUUAUUUGAGCGCACUGCUAUUGAGGAAGCUCUACGUCGUGGUGGUUUUGAGAAAAGCUUUCUUUCUCGUGGGGCGCUGCAAAACAGAUUGGAACACAUAGAUCACACAAUUAAUGAUCUUGGAAGUUCCAUCCCUGAUAUGGAAAUAGACGUUCAAGAUAUCCAUGUUAUUGAUGAAAAACUCCACAUGGAUGACUCAAGUGAAGAGAGAAGUUGAUAAUUAACCAUCUAAAUCAACCAUAGAAGUAAAAUUCUGGGCUGUUUAGUUAUUUGUUGUUUGAUGCAAUGUGUGCUCCAGAAGAAUUUUGUCUAUAUUGAAAGGUCGUCGUCGUAGUGUCGUCCGGUUAGAAGGGUACGAACUUCUCCAUCUGUGAAGAAAAGGAAAGAGAAUAAUGGAAUUUCCUGUUGAAAUACCAAACUCCAAGAUAUUUGAUGGCUUGGAGAUCCUUUUAAGGUGAGGAGGGGAAGAUUCAUAUGAGGAUUGUAAUUGCCGUUGUGUGAAGAAGAAUCUGUGUUAUAUUAUGAACAGUUUCCUUUGUAAAUUAAUUAUAGAUUAGGUACCAUUUCUUGAUAUCAUUUGUGUUUGUAACCUGUUGUAAAUAUAUGUACAUAUUUUUCCUUCAAAAACAAACAAAUUCUAGGUAUUGUUGCUAAAUAAAUUACCUUUUUCGUUCGGAGAUUU